AUGGUUGACGAAGCAACAACAUUCACUUUGGCAUCCUCACAUCCACCACUCGCUGCUGCAUUAGACGGUUUUUUUGUUAAACAAUCUCCUCCACAACCACCACUUGUUUAUCAAAAUCAUCAUCAUCAACCAAAUGAUUAUUAUUUUUUUCAACAACAAAACCAGCAACAGCCAACAACAUUGAGUAGUUUUUAUAGCCACCCACCACUCGAAGAAGCAGAUGAAGAAGAAGAAGAAGAUGCAGCAACGGCGAUGCCUCGACAAGCUCAUUUUGGUCUUGUUCAUGAUGAUGACGAAGAGGAGGACAAUACCAAUCAUCUUUUAAAUAAUCAUUUAACCCCUGUAACAAUUCAACGUGUCGAUUCACUUGAUGAACAACAUCUUUAUCUUAAAAAGAAACGAGCAAAAUUUGUUGGUCCCUAUUUAUUCGGCGAUGUUAUUGGACAAGGUUCAUACGCAAAAGUAAAAGAAUGUUUAGAUAAACGAAAUUUAUGUCGACGAGCCGUGAAAAUCAUGCAACGACGACGUUUACGUAAAACACCACAAGGUGAAAAAAUGGCUUAUACUGAAAUUCGUAUACUGAGAAAACUUAAACAUCCAAAUGUCAUACAAUUGUAUGAUUUUAUUCGAAAUGAUGAAAAACAAAAAUUAUAUCUAUUUAUUGAUCUGUGCGUUGUAUCAUUACAAGAAAUGUUAGAAGAACAAGAAAAGCAAUCAAAUCAUCUAAUUAAAUCAUUUCCGACAUGGCAAGCACAUGGCUAUUUUAUUCAACUUAUCAAUGGUUUAGAAUAUCUCCAUACAAAAUUUAUUAUUCAUAAUGAUAUCAAACCAGGCAAUUUAUUAAUAACGGUCGAUCAUACGCUGAAGAUUAGUGAUUUUGGAACAGCAGAGGAGCUAGAUAUAUUUAGUGUAGAUGAUACAAUUAAGCGGAGUCAAGGUACACCGGCAUUUCAAUGUCCAGAAAUCGCUAAUGGCGAUGAAACUUAUAAUGGUUAUUGUAUUGAUAUUUGGGCAUGUGGUGUAACAUUAUAUAACUUGGUAACCGGUCUAUUACCAUUUGAAGCAGAUAAUAUCUAUUUAUUAUUUCAAGUGAUUGGUUUUGGAAAAUUUGUUACUCCUGAUGAUAUCGAACCAAAUUUAGCAAAUCUAAUUAAUGGUUUAUUAUGUGUUGAUAAAACAAAACGUUUAACUAUCGAACAAAUUAGACAACAUGAAUGGUAUAAACGACGGCCACCCAAAACAUUUGAUUUUGUUCCGUUUCCAAAAAUGGCUCUGAAUCGUUUUCAAACACUAACAAUGUACGAUUAUUUAGUUGAUUUACAUCAACCGUUAGACGAACAAGAAGAUAAAGAUGAGGAUGAAAAUUUGACUGAAAUUGAACGAAAGUAUGCAAAGUAUAAUAUACAACAAGCAGAAACAAAUAGUGGUGAAAUAAAAAGACCAACAUUCCAGAUAGAACCCGAAGACGAUAAUGAGAAUGAAUCACAUUAUCAUCGACGGCGACGAUCGAAAUUAAAUUGUGGAUCAAUGCGUUGUACAAGAACAAAUCGAACAACAACGGACAAUAAUAACGGUGGUAGUAGUAAUAUGGAUGACGAAUCAAUAAUAACAACGAAAAAAAAACGUACACGUGAUCAUAGAUUGUGUGCUUUGUCAUAA